UACCGGCACGCCGCUUCAUCAGCCAGCCUCCCCCCUCCCCCGUCUCGCGCCGUCCCCAUCCCGAGACGCAAGCAUGGCUGCCGCUGCCGCUGCCGCUCCGAUGCCGCCGCACUAUUUCCAGUAAACAACAAUACCCGACCACUCCCCACCCCCUCCCCACAGUCCCAACCCGUGCACGUACCAUUCGCCCCUCCACCCAAGAACUCGUGCUCCCUCCCUCCCCAAUCCCCAUCCUCCCUCCACUCGCCGCGCACACGGGGGUGGUCUAUUGUCCGUCGAGCCUCCGCCGUCCUCGCCGUGGGUUCCAACUUCCAAGAAGUGUGCGCGGGGCAGGCGCCGGGGAUGGGCUCGUGCGCCUCGGUCCACAAGGACGACGUCGGGCUGCCCAAGAAGCAGCAGCUGCUCGCGUCCUCCUCGCCGCCGGCCAAGGACGACACCAAGGCCGUCGCCGGCGCGCCCGUCGGCGACGUGCUCGUCGACCUCAGGCGCAAGAUCGAGGGGUUCGGCCCCAGCAGGACCCCUGACUCCGGUAGCAAGGAUGAGAUGUUCUUUGAGUCUCAACCGUGGUUGGAUUCCGACUGCGAGGAUGACUUCUACAGUAUAAAUGGAGAUUUCACUCCGUCGCGCGGCAGCACUCCAGUCCAUCAACCCAGGGCGCAGACCGUGAUGAGCAACGUGUUUCUUCCUGAUAACGCCGCGCGGAGCCCCAACUCAUCGGAGGCUUCUCCGACCGGACGGAGAAAAUUGGCCGACCUCCUGCAAGAGGCGACGCGGAACGACACCGGAGAGACCGCUGCCGCCGCUGCCGGAGAGGCAGACGGUAGCAAGAGCGGACAGCAGGCCGUCGCCCCAGCUGCUGGGAAGACGGUGUCGGAGCCCAGCUCCGGCUGCAGCACGGAGCCGACGCCUGUGAGGGAAGCCCGGACCCGGAAAGAGAGGGCCUGGUACUCCGGCCGCUGCUGCCUGCCGACCUUCGUCCACAGCCUGGCCCUAGACGACGAGGGGCGGCAGAAGACCGGCCCCGGCCCGUGCGCCGUCUGAGAUAGGGUCGACAGCGCGGCGUCUCCGAGCUGUAUCUACUACGAUAUACCACUACUACUACUACCUAAACCUGAUCCAGCCCCUGAAUCGAGCUACUGUAAAGAUGGCGAGAGCGCUGAGAGUGCUAUACAUAUAAAUAUGCUUGUAAUAAUCAAGCGAAUAGUCCACUCCGGGGACUUCAUGUGCUGCGUCUGGAACCCUACCUAGCUCGAGAAAAUGCUUGGGCCUGUGCA